GUCAUCAUCACUUGGUCAUGUUGCAAGGUUUGUAAUCUGGCCAUGCACCAUGCUUAGUUUGCUCUUGAGAGUUACAGAAGAAACAUCACCGUGUUCUUCAUCUCGAGAGUUUGGUUUAACUCUUGACAGUUUUAGCAGUUCCAUGCAUUCAUUCGUUGUACGGAGAUUACAUGAGAUUCUUUGAGUUAACGUGAUUUUAUGUAGAAGUGAAGUUUGAACGAGCUCAUUACUACUUCCGCCGAUAGAAUAAGAUUCCGCAAUCGGAUUUCAUUUUCACUUGAAAUUGUCUCAUUUUAGUGCGUCUCUUCGUUUCAUGGUUGCGUUUGUUUGCUUAAUUCUCUUGUGUUUUUCACUAGUGAUUAUCCAAUCUUAGCAUUGAGGUAACGGAAAAAAUUGGUGAAAUACGAUGCGAAAACUCAUUUGGAGCCUAUUGUGUGUGCUGAUUACUCCAGUGUUGAAAUUGUAAUUUUUCAGUUUGUGAAUAAUAUUGAAACAAUCACGAUCGUGUAUCUGAUACGUCUUGAAAAUGAUUACAAUGACCGCGGCCUUAAGAGACAAAAUCCGCCGUCGAUUGGUGAUAUCUGCAGAGAACCAUUAUGUAAAUGUACCUAAAAUGUUGCUGUCGGAGGUAGAAGAGACCGAAUUAGAAUUCGAACGGCUCCGACUAAUUAAAGCAGACUCGACCUCAUCCUCCUCAUCCUCUGGAACUGCCAAAGGCUUCUCCGACACGGAUUCAGGAAUAAGCAACACAGCUUCUUCCAGUUGCGAGUCCUUCCAGUCGGAUCACUACUUACCAGAUCCAGCUCGUGACGUUGUUUACGGUGAUGCCUUCAGCCCAUCCACCACUCUUUUACCGUUUGAUCCAGAGGAGGAUGAUUUUGACAUCAAGUUGAACCGCAGUUUGGCCAACUUGGGUAUCGGCAUUGGGCGAUCGAGUAGUUGCACAAGUGGUGGCAGUGAUGAUAACGUACCAGCAGUGAUCUUUUCCUCUCCACUUCUGAACACUGGCGGUGGAGACGAGGAAGGGGAUUAUUAUGACAAUGUUGGAAUUGGGGACUAUUCAAACCUUGAUAUUAACUUGGAUGAGAUUGGUGUGGAUUUUGACAUAGUUGAGCCUCCACCAGCGUUCGCUGAAACGGCCCCGAAUAAUGAAAUGCGUCAACUUGUUGUUGAUUCCAAGGCUGAAUUAGUGGAUGAGUAUUUCAAUGAAAAUUACGACAGCGGGGAUCCACCCGAUCGUGAUUCAAAUGAGAAUGAGGAUAAUUAUGUUGGAUCCAUGGAGGAUCUUGAAGGGGUUUUAGAAAAUUUAAUUGAAAAUAAUGCAGGGUCAGAGGGGUCUAAUCCCACCACCAUCACUAAUCACGCAUUUCCCAUGCCCACUUCUACCACCGCAUCGGAAAUUGGGGCUAAGCAGGAGAAUACCGAGACCGUUGCUGCCUCUGCGAGUAGCAAUAGCCCAGCUAGAAAUCUGAAACCAAAAAAGAAGCAAAAACGAAAGAGAGAACGUUACGAGAUCAGAAUAGGUUAUCCGUGCUACGAUCUAGAGCUUGAAGACAAGAAUAUCGUCAUUUACUCUUUGCAGAAAAACAGAGACUCAAUGGAGGACUUACUUGGACACAGCAAGUUGAAAAACAGUUUCGAUUCUCACAGAAGCAGAAGCCAUACGAAUAUGAAAAAUCUGCAGGAUCCAAGUAAACCACAAAAGCCUGACGAACCCAAUCCAUGCCUCCCAAUCACAACCAUGGACUCCGAUGGGGCCAAAGCAGGUCGUGUGCUGAGAACCUUAAUUUUGACCAGAUCUCCAGGUUUAGUGCGAGAUAGGAGACAACAGUCUAGGACAUUCCGUCGAUGUCUUGUCGGGGCAGAGAUGGUGGACUGGCUUUUAGCAAUAGGGAGUGCGUCCGGGAUAGUCAGAUCGCGACACCAAGCCACAGGAAUGUGGCAAUCUUUACUGGAACAAGGAGUUAUUCAACAUGUUACCCUUGAGCACCCAUUUCGAGACAAGUAUAUUUUCUACCGUUUUACCAUUGAUGCAGAAAGUGAACUCCAAAGCCGCUCAUGGUCGAGAGGUCUUCCCAGUCCUGAAGAUGAGAGGGAAGCCGACACAAAACUCUCGGAAGUGUUGGCAUUCUUGGCACAAAAAGCCCCUGAUGCAAUUAUGCGCCUUAUUUUGAGGAAACCUUCUUAUGAGAGAACAACGGAUGACUUGGAGAUGAUUUAUGACGAACUGCUUCACAUAAAGGCUUUAGCUCAUCUCUCCAACUCUGUGAAACGUGAGCUGGCCGGGGUUAUCGUGUUUGAAGCUCAUCCAUCCAACGGCACUGUGUUAUUUCAUCAAGGAGACGAGGGAAAGAGCUGGUAUAUUAUACUCAAAGGCUCCGUCAAUGUUGUAAUUCGGGGAAAGGGCACUGUGUGUUCACUCUACGAAGGAGACGACUUUGGAAAACUCGCCCUCGUUAAUGAUGCGCCAAGGGCUGCUACGAUUGUGCUGAGAGAAGAUAGCUGCCACUUUCUCCGCGUGGACAAGGAUGACUUUAAUCGAAUUUUGAGGGACGUUGAAGCCAACACGGUUCGGUUAAAGGAGCACGGACAAGAUGUUCUCGUUCUCGAAAAAAUCUCUGCAAACAAUGCCAACCCCUACUCACACUUCAAAUACUCUGUAAUGGCUGGCAGCCCAGCAAAAAUGCUUGAACACCUACUAGAGACCCGUCUGGAUGGAAGAGAUCGAUCCUCCGUGGACUCCACCGGACGACGAACAUCCGCACCUUCUGGGGAUACAGAUCUGUUUCUGGACGAUUUUCUCCUGACGCACAUAAUCUUCAUGCCAAUUCACCAACUCCUCACCGAAUUGACAAGACAAUAUCCUUUUCAUACAAAAAAGGUAGAGACUUCAUGUCAAGACCGUGAAUUCAUCCUGGCCUGCAAACGAAGAGUGGUCCAAUUUGUUCACAGGUGGGUGACGACGAUCUACGAUCCGGUAUUUGAAGAAGUUUGUACUCACGCAUUCCUUCAGGAGCUGUUUGAAGAAGUCCAGAAAGAAAGCAUGUCCUCAGGCGCUUUGCAGGACGAAGUGAAUCUCAUGAUGCAGGUGAUGGAUAUGCAAAGAACGUACGCUGAAGAGACCAGCACAGUUUCGGGUCAAAAAUGGAAGUUGCCUCCAUCAGGACAACCUGUCAGUCUCUUUGGGAAUCCGUCGUCCCACGCAGAGGAUGGAAUAGAGGGACCCAUUGAGAGAAGAUGCACCAUGCACGGGUGUGAUGAUAUCAUUUUCCGAGUCUACUGUGCUGACCAUACGUAUUGCACGCUAAGGUUCCCAUUAAACACACCUGCUGACACCUUGAAACAUGUCGCCGCCGACAAACUCGGUUUGAAACAUGAUGAUCUCGUCCUUGUAGAGCUUAAAUCAUCCGGUGAAAAGAUUUCAUUCAGUGACACGGACGUGAGCAUCCCAACGUCUCUCAGCGUGAACGGGAGGAUUUUUAUUUCCUUGAAAGAUCAUUUGGACGCACUGACGUGUCUACCAGAGCAAGAAAACGCAACAGAAGGGGCAAAUUUUGACAUUGAGAUUUUCAGCACGAGAGAGUUGGCGUACCAUAUGACUGUCUUGGACUGGUCUUUAUUUAAAUGUGUUCACGAGUACGAGUUGAUUUAUAAGACCUUCGGGCGUCACCAUUUUCGCAAAAUAACAUCCAAUUUGGACGUAUUCCUCCGACGAUUCAACGAAAUUCAGUUCUGGGUCGUAACCGAGCUCUGCUUAACGGCGUCUCACUCUAAAAGAGUUUCUCUCUUUAGGAAAUUUCUCAAGUUGGCUGCUUAUUGCAAGGAAUAUCAAAAUUUAAACGCGUUCUGUGCCAUUGUGAUGGGUUUGGGAAAUGUUGCCGUUACUCGGAUGAAUCAAACCUGGGAACGCCUUCCUUCGAAAUCAAGAAAAGUCUUUGCCGAAUUUGAGACCUUUAUUGACCCAUCCAGAAACCAUCGGGCGUACCGAAUGGCUCUCAAUAAAACAACGCCUCCAAUUAUCCCCUUCAUGCCUCUAAUUCUCAAGGACAUGACUUUCACUCACGAGGGUAACCAGACGUAUUCUGAUUCACUGGUAAAUUUUGAGAAGAUGCAUCUCCUUGCAAGCACUAUUCGUACGAUGCGAUUGUGCAGAAGCCGACCUCUCAACAUCCCACCUCCCACGCCCAGAAGUGAAGCAGAAGUCAGAGCUUAUAUUCGAUGUCUUAGAUGCAUUGACAAUCAGCGUGUUCUAAAUCAGCUUUCUCAACGAAAUGAGCCCAGCCAACGUCCCAAGUAAACGAAAACUGAAACAUCAUUCAUAAUAAGAUUUUUAAGUGAUUAAGACAUUUCUCGCGUUAUUAUUGAGAUUACAAUGACGAUGCAAACCAAAAAAACCAAUGUACAACUAUAUGAUUAUUAUUGAUAAAUCAAGUCAAAUUACUUUAUAUUUGAUCAUGUUUACAAUCUUGAUAUUUAUUAUUGAUUAUAAAAGCCAGAGAAUAAUAGUUGUAAAUUUAGAGUCUAAAAUAUCAUUCUAUAAAUAGAUACCUAAUAUAUGUUCAUACUUAACGUUGAAAAUGCAGGUGACAUUCAUAAUUCUAUAUUAAUUAUGUACAGUUAAGAGGACAAAAUAGCUAUGCAAUGACUUGUGAGAUGCAUAAAACAAUUAUCUCACAAGUUUAACAUUAUCAUAUUGUAAGCAUUACAAAUAAUUCUCAAUAAUAUUAUAAAAGAAAAAUAUUAGUCUAGUCAGAUAUACAUUUUGUUUUAAUUUUAAUACAAAUGUAUUUUGUUGCAGUUACCACUUUGCUCAUAUCAUUUUUGUAUUUACCAUCAUAACUAAUUGCUUGCUAUGUACAAUUUUUGAAAAAAAAACAAGGUGUAAAUUUAUCUGUAACAUAAGUAGUUAGCACGUAUUUACAUACAUAUUCAAAGCAAACCUCUUUUGAAUUGUCUUAAUAUAACUUGAUUGCCUUCAACUGAUACCUAGAAAGACAUAUUACAAUUUCCUAAUCAUAUCCCUCCUCUCUCGUAAAUUUCAGGUUCAUAAUAAAAUUAUACGAAACGAAUGUAAAAUUUUAAUGUGAACGAGUUGUUAUAAAAAUCAUAUUCAAUUUAUCAGAUUUACAUAUUAUUCACAGAGAAGUUUUCGAAUAAUAGUUGACUUGUGUGGUUUGACGUGUUACAAAAUAAUCAAUAAUUUAUUUAUUUGAGGAUACAUUUAAUUGAUGAUAACAAUGCAAUAGCUAAACCUGCCAAAAAAACUAAUGUUUUGCAAGUUCUGCAUGAUGUUAGCAGGAAUUGUCCAAACGUUCAUGAUAUUAAUUAUUACCUAAUAUGUAUGAGCUCUAGGUUUUAGCAUAAAUUCUCACUUGUACUUAUAACACGAACGUAAUCGUACAUAUGUCUCUUUUGCAUGAAAUCAAUAAAUAUUCCAAAAUAUACUAUUUAACUA